AUGCCUUCUGUGCUCCGGGCUCGGUACCAGGACAAGAGAGGUCAGGAGAAGGGGAAGAUCGGAGAUGCACCUGCCAAAGGCCAGGCGCUCUGCAGGGCCCUCUCAUCCAAGUGUUCAGCUCUUUUCAUCUCCUGGCAGGGCAGGAGGGAGAUGUCAGACCCCGGGUCUGCCCGUCCUGCUGUGCUCUCUCCGGGGUUCCAGAAGCUUUUAGCUUUGCUUUGCCACCCGGCUCUAGGAUUCCGAAACGAGAAGGAAAUGGAGGCAGAAGCGCCGAUUGAGAGCGUGGAACAGGUGCCCCGAGAGCCUUUCUGCGCCACCUCCCACCCAGGACUUUACCGGAAGCUGGCUGGCCGGGAUGGAGGGGGUCCUUUCGGCGGCCGCUGGGUGGAGACCCUGCUCCGGGAGCAGGACUUCGGUGUCCCGGCUCUUGGGACUCUUUUCUGA